UUGCAGAAAAAUCGGACCUGCUCCUCGCACUUGCUAUUGUUAAGAACAGAAAAGUUGGAAAGAGAUAAAGGAGAGAGAUAACAAGCCGGUAAAAAUGGAGAAUCAUUGCACAAAUGGCUUCGACUCAUGUCCAGCGCCUACUAAAGUCUCAGUUCUCAAUUGUAUCGAUCUCUCGAGCUCCGAUAUUCAGCAAUCUGUUUCUCUUCUCAAGCAGGUCCUCUUUAGCUUGGAUCAAACAUUGAUCUAUACAGAUAGGCAUGCAGAAGCAUGUUUGGACUGUGGAUUCUUCUACGUUGUGAACCAUGGAAUAAGCGAGGAGUUCAUGGGCGAGGUGUUUGCCCAAAGCAAGAGGCUUUUCAAUUUGCCGUUGGACGAGAAAAUGAAGCUUUUAAGGAACGAGAAGCACCGAGGCUAUACUCCUGUUCUCGAUGAGCUUCUUGAUCCUGAUAAUCAAGUUCAUGUAGGAGAUUACAAGGAAGGGUAUUAUACUGGUGUCGAGGUGCCUGAAGAUGAUCUUGAAACAGAGAAGCCAUUUUACGGUCCAAAUGUCUGGCCUGAAAAUGGUGUUUUACCUGGAUGGAGGGAGACAAUGGAGAAAUUUCACCGAGAAGCAUUAGAAGUUGCAAGAGCAGUUGCAAGGAUCAUAGCACUUGCACUUGAUUUGGAGGUUGAUUUCUUUGAUAAGCCUGAAAUGCUUGGCAAGCCUAUUGCAGUCUUGCGCUUACUACAUUAUGAAGGUAAAAUUUCUGAUCCCAAUAAGGGAAUAUAUGGAUGCGGGGCACAUUCAGAUUAUGGACUGAUCACUCUCUUGGCAACAGAUGAUAUCACAGGUCUCCAGAUAUGCAAGGAUAAGGAUGCGAAGCCUCAGAAGUGGGAAUACAUAGCACCACUGAAGGGAGCUUUUAUAGUUAAUCUGGGUGACAUGCUGGAACGCUGGAGCAACUGUGUUUUCAAGUCCACAUUGCACCGAGUUUUAGGAAAUGGUCAAGAAAGAUACUCUAUCGCGUACUUUGUGGAGCCUAGUCAUGAUUGUCUUGUUGAGUGCUUGCCGACAUGCAAAUCAGAAAACAAUCCUCCCAAGUUUUCCCCAAUCAAAUGUGCAACAUACCUCAGCCAACGGUACAAGGACACCCAUACCGACCUGAGCGUAUACAACCAAAAUAAUUGAAGUUGCAGCCAUACAUGCAGAUCAUAUGAUAUCAAUUUUAGCAUACUGAAGCCUAGAGGUCCUGUUACAGGGUCUGCAACUCUGUUUCGUCCACAAUAAAUUAAUAUUGUCCAUGAUUGCCUUUUCUUUUAUGUAGUUGGCAAAUCAUUCUUCUCCUCCAAGCUAAUAAAGUUAAUGCAAGAAUCAGGUUGCCUCGGUGAGCAGAAAUAAAACGGGGCGAGAGUAUUUGGAGGCCAAUAUGUUACAAUUAAUUUGUGGUUGGAUUUUGAUGGGCUUGUAUAUGGGGAAUAUUUUUGGAGUCUUUACAUACUAUCCACAUGUAGGUAGAAGGCACGUAGGCAGGAGGCAUGGUGGAGAAUGAAUUGUUUUUUUGUUGAUAUAUAAAUAAAAAUUGGUUGUACUAAUUUGGAUUUUCCAUAAUUUGUUUUUUAUGGAGUAGAACGAAA